AUGUCGUACCGGCGGCUCUCGGGUUCCGACCCGGAGGAGCACAAGAGCUACGGGUCGGUCGACUCGACGCCGAAGACGAGCCCCACGGCCCUGCUGAUCGACGACUUUGAGAAGGCCGAUACGGGGAACCCUUUCCUGGACGCAGAGACGGCGGCCUACUGGUGGAACGUGUAUGAGGGCUGCGAGUACGAGUGCCGGCACGCCUUCGACCCGGCACUCACUUGGUCUCGGAGGGAGGAGGAGGAGCUCGUCCGGAAGCUGGAUUGGAAAGUCUGCUUAUGGGCCUGUGUCAUGUUCUUUGGCCUACAGGUGGACCGCAACAACCUUUCCCAAGCUGUGUCGGAUAACAUGCUGGACGACCUGGGCUUGAAUACGGAUGACUACAAUUAUGGAAAUUCUGUAUUUCUAGUAUCGUUCCUGCUGGCCGAGCUGCCCUCACAGCUCAUCUCCAAGGCGCUGGGUCCAGAUCGAUGGAUUCCAAUGCAGAUGGUGCUCUGGUCCUUUGUGGCCAUUUCUCAAUGUGCCCUCACAGGACGGACCAGCUUCCUGAUCACAAGGAGCCUGCUGGGUCUCUUGGAGGGGGGAUUCAUCCCUGAUCUCGUGCUCUGGCUCUCCUACUUCUACACCUCGCGGGAGCUGCCCAUUCGGCUGUCGUACUUCUGGACCACGCUGUCUGUGACGGGAAUCCUGACGUCGCUCCUCGCCUUCGCGUUGCUGCACCUGCGCGGAGUCAUGGGGUGGGAAGGCUGGCGGUGGCUGUUCCUGGUCGAGGGCUGUAUCACACUCACUGUCGGGGUGAUGUCCUUCUUCCGCAUGCCGGCCUCGGCGGUCCAGACGCGGACGUGGUUCCGGCCCGCUGGCUGGUUCACUGAGCGCGAAGAGGCCAUCGUGGUCAACCGCGUGCUGCGCGACGACCCCAGCAAGGGCGACAUGCACAACCGGCAGGCCCUGACACCGCGGCGGCUGUGGGAGGCGCUCACGGAUUUUGAUCUGUGGCCGCUCUACAUCGUCGGCCUGGUGGCCUACGUGCCGCAAAGCCCGCCCAAGACCUAUGUCACGUUGAUUCUGCGUGGGUUGGGCUUUGGGACCUUUGAGACCAAUCUUUUGACCAUUCCUGCGGAAAUCAUGCAUAUCUUCAACCUCAUCAUACUUACCAGACUAUCCGAAUGGCUGAAUGAGCGCGCAUUAGUUGCCAUCCUGCAACCCUUAUGGACGUUACCUUGCAUCUUGGCUCUCCGUUUCUGGGAAGGCACGUUUGAGAACGCUUGGGGAACUUAUACAACCCUCAUGGUGUUGCUAUCAUACCCUUACUGCCAUGCAAUCCUUGUGGGCUGGUGCUCGAAGAACUCGAACAACGUCGGGACGCGCACCGUCUCUGCGGCUCUUUACAAUAUGUCGGUCCAGACAGGCUCCGUCUUCGCGUCCUACAUCUACCGUGAGGACGACAAGCCGCACUAUCGUCGCGGAAACUCGACACUGCUGCUGGUCAACCUGGCCUCGGUACUGGUCUUCCUGCUGGCCAAGCUGUACUACGUGUACCGCAACCGGCAGCGCGAGUGGCAGUGGCGCGCGCUGAGCGAGGAACAGCGCGCCGAGUACCGCCGGAACACAAUGGUACAGGGGAGCCGGCGGUUGGAUUUCCGGUUUGCGCACUGA